AGCGUCAGGGGAAGUACGAGGCGGCCGAGGCGAUGAACCGGCGAGCGCUGGAGGGGAGAGAGAAGGCGCUGGGGAAGGACCACCCCGACACGCUGACCAGCGUAUACUGCCUUGCCUAUCUACUACAUCACCGACACCGCUUUAAGGAAGCUCUACCGCUCUACCACAGAGCCUUCUCUAGCUAUCUUGCCUCUCUCAGACUACGCCAUCUAACCACCUGA